AGAGAGUAAGGAUUGGGCAGCUUUUGAGGAUGUAGAGGAUUCUGUUAUAGCUAUUCACAGUUGGAGUAGUUUUGUGAAUGCGGAGGUUCUCAAGGUUUAUGAUGCUGGUUCCCAUUGUCUGUCUGUUUUCUGCAACUCAUUGGUACUUUGGAUUUCUGCUGCUUGCAUGCUAAGGUUGAUCUUAUUUAGAUACGAGGGAAGAGCAAAGGAGAUGAUGGUUGGUCUUUCGAGAAGCUCUGCUGGCAGUGAAGUGAUUGAUGAACAUGUUUGCAAAUUGAUCAAAGGGCAUUCGAGGCUCCAUAUACCAUCAUUGCCAUUCUAUAUCCUUGCACGUGCUCCACUGGGUCUUGAGUUCCAUCGUACUCAGCUAGCUUUGCCUGCCUGCUUCUAUCUUUGCCAGAUGUUGUCGCAACACCUCAAUUUCUUUGUAAACACCGUCAUCAUGAAACUGUGUUUCUGUCUUUUGUGGACCUGCUGCCGUGAGUGUGGCUUCUUGGAGUUGUUGGCUAGCCUUCCUUUGGUUUGAAUGUGUAUGAGGUGUCAUGUUUUUACUCCGAAAAUUGUAUUGAGUGAAGGCUGAGGAUGGUUGUAAGCUCGUGUCGAUUGUCAACUCUGUCGAUCUUGAAGCAUCACUUUGUGACAAGCGCUCAUGCCUUACUUCUUGCAAUGACAUGUUAGUAGUUUUUGUCAUGGAUACUAUGGCUUGCUCAAUUGCUUUUAGACUUUGCCUCGUCUCCUCCAUGUCUUGUGUAAGUUUUUGUAUUUGUGAUGCCCUGGUUGAAUUUGAUGGUUUUGUUUUAUUAAUAGUAUUUCUUGGGUUUGUUCUUGAUGACGAAGAGUCACCCAUUCUAUCCUCGCUUCUGGAGCUCGGAAAACUUCUACGAGGUCGUGAUGAAUUUUUUGAAUU